GUCGGGGGAAGAUGACAGUUGUCAUACGAAGUAAAGCAUCGUUAAUUUAAAAGCAUGGAGUGGGACCCAGGGUAGGCACAAAAAUGGCAGACUGCAGAGCCACGUUGCUGAUGCAGAAACGUUUCGAGGAGGAAGGUUAUCAAAUUGUCUAUGAUCCUCCCGAACAACUUUGCGACGAUAGUCUUUUUGCGUCAGUGGGACAUCUGAUUGGCAGAGAUGUAGAAGCUGUCAAAAGGGAUGUUUUUGGCUACCUAAACAAUAACAUGCACGGUGUCGAUGGUCAUGAACAACAAGGUCUCGACAAUCAAAACAACAUUGGUGGAGAGGUCCUCCAUUCAGUUCUUCCAAAGAAUAUUCUAAAUGAAUCAAUUGUCAAAAGCCUUGCAAAUAUUAUGCAACGCACUUUAGUAAUUGUCACUGUAGAUGAAAAGGAUAAACGUAAAUCUAUCAAAAAGUAUGAGCCGAAUGAGACGACCAGCAAUCGAUCCUUGUAUAUUGGGCGUUAUGGCAGCCACUACUUAGCUUUAAAACCAACAAUGGUAAAUAAUAUACCUUCCGAAAGAGUCUGUAAUGAAAGGCAAGAGAAAUGCAGUUUUUCCACUCCUGAUUCAGUUCGAUUGUCUGAAAGUGCAAGAGUAAAAGCAAAUCAUCUUAUUGUUCAAUGUAGAGGUUACAUUCAGCUAAAGAAGCAUACUGCUGCUAUUAAGAAGGGAAAGGAAUGCAUUGAAAUUGCAGAUCAACUGAAUCAACCCGAUCAAGACCUAAUUAAGAUGGAAGCAGCUCGAGAAGUGUGGCGUGCAUACGAAAUACUCCAUCAAGAUGACAAUGCUAUCAUUUAUCAAGCUAUGUACGAUGACUUUGCUCAGCAGUACGCAAACAGUCUGUCUGAAGACGAUCAAGACAAUAAGGAUUGGAGUCAAUCAACAAACCAACAGUUAAAUAAUCUGACCAAUCACCUUAUUGGAUCGUUUAUGAUCGAAAAAAUGAAAGCUUGUGAAUGUGCCAAAAAGGGAAACUAUCAAGCUGCUAUUCUACAUAAUGCACGGGCAGCUGAAUACAUAAAGGGUGAAAACAAGCAACUGCUCAUGAAAACCUUCAGAGAUUUGAUUGAUUUACAUGGUGCUUUAAGUCAAUACCACAAAGCAAUACAGUAUGCAGAAAAAAUCAUAGAAGUAGCCAGGGACAGUGAUGACAAGAAAUGGGAAUCCAUUGGAUAUCUCAUGAAAGGCCAAAUACAUUGCUGUUUAGGUGAUUACGAAUAUAAUUCUUUGUUGGCUCUGAAAGCAGCCUUGAGAAUAUCAAGGGAAAACAACGACAACGAAAUGGCCGACUUGGUAUCUUUUGUGCUUAAAAAAGAAAAAGGCUUUCACUUUUACAACAGGAAUAACAAAAAAGCUACAAUGAUGAUUGUACAUCCUGAAAAAGCAGUUGAGAAUAAAUUCACAACCUUAGAGACUUUAAGAUAUUGGUAUAAUUUUCACAGUGCGUUACAUCAACACACAAAAGCAAUGCAUUAUGCAGUAAACAUCAUAGAAGUAGCCAAAGGCAGUAACGACAAGAAAUGGGAAUCCACUGGCCGUAUGAUGAUGGCCCACAAUUAUAGCUGUUUCUGCGUAGGUGACUACAAUUCUUCUUUGUUAGCUUUUGACGAGGCUUUAAGAAACUGCAAUGAAACCUAUGAUAUCAAAGGAGCCAACAUUGCAUCUCUUUUGAUUGAAAAAGUAAGAGAGUUGAACAAGCUCAAACAAGCGUCUAAUUUGCAUAGAGAACAUUUCGAAGCAAUACAAUACGCAGAAACAACCAUAGAAGUAGCCAUAAACAGGAACGACAAAAAAUUGGAAUUCACUGGCUAUAUGAUGAAGGGUCAAGUUCAUUGUUGUUUAUUAUGUGAUUACGAUUCUUCCUUGUUAGCUUUUACAGAGGCUUUGAGAAUCUUAGAGGAAACCAAUGACAACGAAGGCGCCAACCAUGCAACAUUUUGGAUUGAAAGAGUAAGAGCCUUGAAGUUUGUCUUGAAGAACGACAAACAAGCUGCCAUUAUACAUUUCAAAGAAGCAGUUGGAUUUUUUAGAGGAGAUGAUAAAUCCCUACUCCUGGAGACUUUACAUGAUUUGUUUCGUUUGCAUUACGCAUUACAUCAACAUCCAGAAGCAAUACAGUACGCAGAACAAAUCAUUGAAGUAGCCAAAAACAGUAAUGACAAGAAAUGGGGAUCCAUAGGGUAUAUGAGGAAGGGUCAAGAUUAUAGCUGUUUUUGUGUGCGUGAUUACGAUUCUUCCUUCUUGGCAUUUACCGAGGCUUUGAGAAUCUUAGAGGAAACCAAUGACAACGAAGGCGCCAACCAUGCAACAUUUUGGAUUGAAAGAGUAAGAGCCUUGAAGUUUGUCUUGAAGAACGACAAACAAGCUGCCAUUAUACAUUUCAAAGAAGCAGUUGGAUUUUUUAGAGGAGAUGAUAAAUCCCUACUCCUGGAGACUCUACACGAUUUGGUUAAUUUGCAUUGCGCAUUACACCAACAUCCAGAAGCAAUACAGUACGCAGAACAAAUCAUAGAAGUAGCCAAAAACAGUAAUGACAAGAAAUGGGAAUCCAUAGGGUAUAUGAGGAAGGGUCAAGAUUAUAGCUGUUUUUGUGUGCGUGAUUACGAUUCUUCCUUCUUGGCAUUUACCGAGGCUUUGAGAAUCUUAGAGGAAACCAAUGACAACGAAGGCGCCAACCAUGCAACAUUUUGGAUUGAAAGAGUAAGAGCCUUGAAGUUUGUCUUGAAGAACGACAAACAAGCUGCCAUUAUACAUUUCAAAGAAGCAGUUGGAUUUUUUAGAGGAGAUGAUAAAUCCCUACUCCUGGAGACUCUACACGAUUUGGUUAAUUUGCAUUGCGCAUUACACCAACAUCCAGAAGCAAUACAGUACGCAGAACAAAUCAUAGAAGUAGCCAAAAACAGCAAUGACAAGAAAUGGGAAUCCGAUGGCUAUUUGAUGAAAGGUCAAGAUUAUAGCUGUUUUUGUGUACGUGAUUACGAUUCUUCCUUGUUAGCUUUUACUGGGGCUUUAAGAAUCUUCAAAGAAAGCAAUGAUAGCAAAGGCGCUAACGAUGCAUCCUUUUGGAUUGAAAGAGUAAGAGCUUUGAAUGUUGUUUUGAAGAACGACAAACAAGCUGUCAUUUCACACACUGAGAAAGCUCUUAAAACUGUUGGAGAUAAAUAUCUUCUUAUGGAGUUUUUAUAUGAAUUCGUUGCUUUGCAUCUUCAAAUAUAUCAGCACCCCGAAGUGUAUGUAAUAGAAUAUGCGAAAAAACUCAUAGAAGAAGCUAAAGUAAUUCAAGACAAGAAAUGGGAAUGCCGUGGGUAUUUUAUGAAAUCUAAUGUUUAUAGUAGGUUAUGUGAGCACGAUUCCUCCUUGUUGGCUUUGAAAGAAGCUUCAAGAAUAGCUAAGGAAAACAAUGACAUUGAAACCAUAAACACUGCAUCUUUUAGAAUUGAAAAGAUCAACGCUUUGCAGUGUGCUGUGAACGAAGACAUUGAAUCUGCCAUUAUGCAUAGCGAAAGAGCAGUUGAAUAUUCACAAGACCAGGGGAAGUCAAGCCUAAUAGACCCUUUCCGCGAAUUGAUUUUUUCUUAUAAGUACACAGAAGCACUACAACUUGCAGAAAGUAUCCUGAGAUUAGCCAGAGAUGAUAUCAAUUAUGAACGUUGGGAAUUUAAUGGCUACCUAUUAAAGGGUAUCGUUCUCAUAAAUUUAGGUGAUCAUGUUUCAGCAUUAUCAGCACUAGAUGAAGCUCUACGAAUUUCCAAAAAAUGCAAUGCCUUGGAAUCUGAUUUGGGUGAGGUCUACCUGCAUCAAGCAGUUAGUAACUUUUCUUUGGGAGAUUUUGAGACAGCCAAAAAAUGUUUUGGUAGCUAUUUUGGCAGUUCACAUCAGGACAUCAGGACGUUUAUUGAAGAAAUUAUGGAAACGACUCAAUUUACACUUGAUGAUGAAUUCGAUCACAAUAUUACCGAACAAUUUAUUACGGAAUUUGAACGAACAUUUAACACUUUGCAUAUUGAAAUGAUUGCAAGGUUCAAGGUUUAUCAUAAUUGCUUGAUUGAAAUUUGUCAAAAGCAACCUCUUUUAUCAACUCUGAUAUUUUUUAAUACAUUAAACUUCCUCACCAAACUUGAAAACCAUUUUGGGGAGAUUUUUUUUAAAAAUACUUGGAAACCGGCAAUGCAACUAUGUUUUCAACUGCCUGGCAUUAUGAGUUUAAAACAAGCAGCUGAUAUAACUACUCGGAUUCUUCAAGACCAAAAGCAAGAACUGCUAUCACCUCAACAGAGUGCUGCACUGUCUUCUGUAUCGUUUAUCGUGAACUAUUUGGAUGGCAAAUUUGAAAUGUGCGAAAAAAUACAAAAAUUGUCACUUGAGAUUCUUGAAAAUGCAGUAAGCAGAAUAGCAGUCGAAGACCACAAGAUAACACUCUGUGAACAGUAUGUCAUUAUGUACAAGUUAUUGUUCAAAGUACUCGUGAAAAUGGAACGCGAAAAGGAGGCUUUAUGGGUAGCCGAACGCUGCCGUGCAAAAGAGCUGAAAUUUCGCCUUCUCCAUCGAGAAAUCGAAGAGAGAGAUAUCAACUAUUCUCACAUCGAAUCUUACAUGUUGGACAUGAAAUGUGCGAUUAUAUUCUACAUCUGGUGUUUUGAAGAUUUGUUUAUUUAUUCAAUACAAAAAGGGAAAGAUGACCAAGGCAAAGAUACAGCAGUCGUAAAAAUGUUCUCUCAAAAGAAUUGUAAAACACAAUUGGAUUCACUGAUCAGAAGAGUUUGGAGUCAAAUAAGCGGAUGUUCAAUGCAGCAACAACCAUCUAUAUCAAGAACUGCCGUCAACGAGGAUGACGAACACUCCAUGGUGAGGGCUGGCCCACCAUCAGAAAAUGACUGUCACAAUUUCCAAAAUACCGAUCCUGGGGAGGAUUCUGUAGAAAAUCCAUAUGGAGAACUCUACGAGCUACUGAUUCAACCAGUGGGCGAUAUAGCAGCAGACAAGCUAGUCAUCAUUCCCGAGGGUUCAUUGUACUUGUUGCCCUUUCAAGCUCUCCAAAACUCAACAACAAAGCGCUAUCUUUCCCAGGAUAAAAAGCUAAGGUUUUCUCCAUCUAUGACAACUUUACUGUCCCACCAGUCUUUCCCUAAAGACUACUACGCUCGUUCCGGUUCCCUAAUCAUCGGGAAUCCGAAUGUCGAUCAGAUUGAAGGCAUGGAGCCCUUGCCAGGAGCUCAGAAGGAAGCAGAAGCAAUUGCCCGCAUCAUUGAUGGUGUUAUGCCAUUAAUUGGUCCAAGAGCAACCAAGUCAGCUGUCCUGGAAAGGCUUUUUGAAGUCUGUAUUGCUCAUUUUGCAUGCCACAUCAAACUCAACCCAUCUGCCAUCGUCCUUUCUCCUGAAGGAUCGCCUCAACAUGGUGAUGAUGAUGACUCCUAUUUGAUAAAGCCGGAGGAUAUAAUGGAAAAAGACAUACAUGCUCGCUUAGUGGUGUUAAGUGGGUGUGAUGGCGCACGAGGCAAGAUCUGUGCCGAAGGAGUGGUCGGCAUUGCUCGUGCAUUCCUAGCUGCAGGAGCUUCAGCGGUGUUGGUUUCCCUGUGGAGGGUUGGUGACUUCAGCACGUAUGAGUUCAUGACGAUCUUUUACACCAACUUCUUGGACUGGGAUGUAAGGAGAAGCGCUAGUGAGAGCCUUCACCUCACAAUCAAUUACAUGAGAGCAAAGUACCCACACGAACCAAUGAAAUGGAGCGGUUUUUACCUCAUGGGUGACGAUGUCACAAUUGACCGAGAAAGCCUUUCUGUGCUAAGAGAGCCACCAGUCUCUCGUAGACGUGAGCCAUGUGAGUGCGACGAAUAG